CAAGUGACUUUAAUACUCAUAGUUAGGAAAGGGAAGGUACUAUCAGGGGAGUUUGCCUUCUGAACGGAAAUCUCGUGUACAAAUUCAACACUCACAUUUUAUGUACUCACUCCAUGCCAGAAUCAGGUCACAAGGCAGAAUUUGGGUGGGCACAAGAGUUAAGGAUGUGAAAACUGUUUGUUGAUAUUUGUGUAAAGGAGAGAGAUAAUAUGAAUCUCGUAUUUCUUCUCCUAAAGGUUUACCAGCUGUUAUUACAACUUGUUUGGCACUUGGCACACGUAAGAUGGCUGCUAAAAAUGCCCUUGUUCGCAAGUUGCCCAGUGUUGAAACACUAGGUUGUACAACAGUUAUUUGCUCUGAUAAAACGGGGACUUUGACUACCAAUCAAAUAGCUGUAGCUAAACUCGUUGCCAUGGGUUCAAAGUCAAGUGCUCUGCGAUCAUUCAAUGUGGAGGGGACUACGUAUAACCCUUUUGAUGGGAAAAUACAAGAUUGGCCUUCCCGUGAAAUGGAUUCCAACCUUCAGAUGAUCGCAAAGAUUGCUGCUCUGUGCAAUGAUUCUGGUGUUGAAAAAUCUGGGCUGCAUUAUGUUUGCUACUGGAUUGCCAACUGAGGCAGCAUUAAAGGUUCUGGUUGAGAAGAUGGGGCUACCUGUUGGACUGGAUUCUAGUUCUUCUACAAGUCAUGGUGAUGCCUCAUGUUGCUCGUCUGCAUGGAACAAUAUUGAACGACGCAUUGGUACUCUUGAAUUUGACCGUGAUAGGAAGUCCAUGUCUGUUAUUGUGAGCUCCAGCUCUGGGAAAAAGUCAUUGUUCGUGAAGGGUGCAGUUGAGAAUUUGUUAGAAAGAAGUACUCAUAUGCAAUUGAUGGAUGGUUCUGUUGUAGAACUUGAUCACAAUUCGAAAGAUCUAAUUUUGAAAAGCCUCAUUGAUAUGUCCUCUAAAGCAUUACGUGUCCUUGGUUUUGCAUAUAAGGACAAUCCACCUCAAUUUGAAACGUAUAAUGGCCAUGAGGAUCACCCUGGUCAUGCUCUAUUACUAGAUCCCGCUAAUUACCCUUCCAUUGAGAGUAAUCUUAUAUUUGCUGGAAUGGCUGGGAUAAGGGACCCCCCUAGGCCAGAGGUACACCAAGCUAUUGAGGAUUGUAGAGAGGCAGGGAUUCGCGUGAUGGUAAUUACAGGAGACAACAAGAAUACAGCUGAAGCUAUUUGCCGUGAGAUUGGCGUUUUUGGAUACAAUGAGGAUUUCAAUUCUCGGAGCUUGACUGGAAAAGAGUUCAUGGAACUUCGUGACCCAAAAUCACAUCUAAGACAAAAUGGAGGGCUUUUGUUUUCUAGAGCAGAGCCAAGACACAAACAAGAGAUAGUGAGACUGCUCAAAGAAGACGGUGAGGUGGUUGCAAUGACCGGGGAUGGAGUGAACGAUGCACCUGCCUUAAAGCUGGCCGAUAUUGGGAUUGCUAUGGGAAUUACUGGAACUGAGGUAGCAAAGGAAGCAUCCGACAUGGUUUUGGCCGAUGAUAAUUUCAGCACAAUUGUGGCAGCUGUUGGUGAAGGCAGGUCCAUUUACAACAACAUGAAAGCCUUCAUCAGACAAAGAUAUAAUGAAGAAACCACCCAGGAGAAGUGAAGACUCACUCAUCGAUACCUGGAUACUGUUCCGCUAUCUGAUCUCUCUCAUUUUCUUGAUUAGUUCUCCCCCCCUCAAAAAUGAAAUCGUGGGAAACAUUUUCUUGAUCUACAAAUCUCUCUCCUUUUCUUGAUUAGUUCUCCCCCCUCAAAAAUGAAAUCGUGGGAAACAUCUUCUUGAUUUGGGCACACUUUGAACAGAAUGAAAUCGUGGCACAACAAUGAAAUCAAGAUCAUCCAGACUAUGUGUUAUGAAGACUGACCCAUGGACAUGAAGAGGCAUCAUGCCCCGUCAUAGCGGGCCAUCGCAACAUCGUAGGCUUGACAGAGGCAUGACGUGCUGUUCAUGACUUCAUCGGAGAUGAUGGAAAUAGACAUAAGACAACAAUGGAAGGAAAUUAAAAAAACACCCAAAGCCAACCUCACUUGGUGCAAUACUUUUGCAUGUUCUAAUACAAUGUACCAACUACCAAGUAAAUUGAGGAGGAUAAUAGUUUUCCUGUUUGUGAUCACAAGUGUAUCAACGUAACUAGAAAGUAAUAAACUUUCUCCCUUGAAGUCUUGAUCUUCGACCAGUAAAAUAUAUAUACCCGACAACAAAAACUUAUUUUUGUGUAAUUUUUUUCGUGUUAAAAAUAAAAAUGCUUUCUGGAA